GUAAGAGAUAUGUUAAUACUAGGACAGGCUCAAAUUCAACGGCAUCAGCGCACCGGUGCUCACGUAAAGUGGGAAAUUAAAGCUCAGACACGCAGAGUCUCAAGAACAGCGGGACAUUUCUUGGAAUAAAUUGCAUGCCUCUAUCCGAGGGCUGUGUGAAGAAAUGAAGCUCUGAAUUCGGUGAACAUGAACUUGGGUGAAAGCUGCAAAACUACAGUUUUACAAGUUCACAUAGGGUGGUGAAAUAUCUCAAUGCUCUUCAUAAGCACAGCAGCUCUUAUGUCAUCUAACCAUCACGAAGCAAAACUGCAGCUUUAAAGAACUGAACGAGGAUCCUCACAAAACACAUGGAUUACAUGGAGUAUUGCUGCUGAUUCAAGAAAACAGAGCAUGGAGAUCUUCUCAAGAGAGGCAGGUUGGGAAAGAUCCCUCCAUGCAACCGUUGCAUGGUCCAACCUCACCACCUCCUCAUUCUCUGAGCAUGCUGAACUCAACAGCACUUUCAGAGGAGGAUCAUACUUCUGGUUGGUGUCUCAAAACAGCUCAAUAAACCCCACUCAGGCGCCUGAUCCAUUCAGGAUGCGGGACACGGCUCUGGCUCAAGCAGAGAUUGGAAUUCUGGGUCUGGUUCUCGCUCUGACAACACUAGGGAACAGCUUUGUACUGUGGGUUCUGCUGAGGCGGCGCAAAUACAAUGCACCCAUGCACCUAUUUAUGGUCAACCUGUGUGUUGCAGACCUUGUAGUGGCGUUUUUUCAGGUGCUCCCGCAGCUGGUAUGGGUUAUCACAGAGAGAUUUCAAGGUCCUGACGUGCUGUGCCGCUCAGUGAAAUAUCUGCAGAUUGUGGGAAUGUUUGCAUCCUCUUACAUGAUUGUUGCUAUGACAGUGGACCGCCAUAAUGCCAUCUGCUGCCCCCUACAGACUUACAAAGGAGGGGCAGUUUCAUGCUGGAAUACACCCAUCAUGGUAGCCUGGGGUCUAGCCCUUGUCCUCAGUGUGCCGCAGGUGUUUAUUUUCUCCAGGUCAGAGGUCUCUCCAGGAGUGUUCGAAUGCUGGGGGCACUUUGCCGAGCCCUGGGGGCUGAAAGCUUAUGUCACCUGGAUGACUGUAGCUGUGUUUGUGGUUCCUACCUUUAUUAUCACCGUUUGUCAGGUACGAAUAUUCAAAGAGAUCCAUGAUAACAUCUACCUGAAAUCAGAACGUGUGGUUUCUGCUGACAUGAAGAAGAACCUGGUCAUUUUUCACUUUCCCAUCUUCAAAAAGCGGGCCAGCUCAGCUAGACUCUCACACAUGCAGAGAGAAGCAAGAGAACCCCAUAAAAAGAACACCAACGGUGGCUCGUCCCAUUCUCACACCUGCAACACUGAGGAUGCAGAGCCCGAUUGUUGUGAUCAAUCUUGUCAGGACGGCCACAGUCCCAAUGAUCUAGCCUCACAGACUCGCAGUUCAUCCUCAGAUGUGCUGCCUUGCAUUCAGGCUCACCCUCACACCAUCUGGAGCAACUCUGGUGCUGCCCAGACAUCACAUGGAUACUCUGUUCCUCACAGGAACACCACUACUGAAGAAUCCAAUACUUCAUCAAACCCCUCUUUCCCACCUUGCCCUCUCCAUCCACCUCUUACAGGUGUGUCGAAAGCUAUGUCUAAAACAGUGAGGAUGACUCUGGUCAUUGUGCUUGUCUAUACAUUGUGCUGGUCACCCUUCUUCAUUGUACAGCUGUGGGCUGCCUGGGACCCCAACCCUCCUGACCAAGGAAUGGCUUUCACCAUCCUGAUGCUGUUGGCCAGUCUGAACUCUUGUACGAACCCAUGGAUCUACACAGCCUUUUCCAGCAGCGUGUCCCGCGAACUUCUUGCUUUACUGCGCUGUCGGCCAAAGCUGCCCCGCAGGAGCUCGAUGCAUGACCACUCAAGUGAUAUAAACACCUCCACCACCAAGGACAACCAGCACUGACCCCUACAGAAUAAACUAAAAUUGAGUGUCAGGAGAGGUGGCGAUUUAUGCGGGUGUAACUGUCCUACGCGUGUGGAAGACAUGUUGUCAUGAGAUAUUGCUACAUCUGAAGAUGGCGUUUUAACUGUGAAGAGUGGUAUGCUAAUGAGCAAACAGGACCAGUAUAUGACAUAAAGAUCAUUUCACGAGGAUUUAACGCAAAAUCGGACCACUGAUAAUGAUGCUGAUCUCAUCCACCAGAAUAAAGAACAGCUUACUGACUGUCAUAAUAAACUUAAUUACACUCCAAAGAAUACUGAGAUAAUUUAUAAGACAUUGUAAUUUAUUAGACGAUAUAUUUUAUUGAAACUGUCCACUAUGUGAGAGGUGGAGAUAAAAGUCUUAACUGCAGAGGAAGAAGAGAUCAAGGCCUUAACCUCAGAGCUAGCAAUUUCAUCACAUUUAUCAGACUUUUUCAGCCAUAAGUCUUCUUCAGAUUCACAGCUUGCAUGGCAAGGACUGAGGAAGAAGAUAAAUUAUGUGAUCCAUGCAUGGAAACUACAUCCAGGGGACAGUUCAAAUCUAUGCCGUAAAAAUCCAGGACUAAAAGUGAUACAUUCAUUCCUUAUCUCUGACUUUCAUACACAUUCAAUACAAAAGGUACAGGUAUACAAACUGAACACACAUUGACUGAUUUGUAUAUUGUGUCCUACUGUGUAUGCAGUGUGCAAAGCAGCAACACUUUCAGUUCCUCAAUAAUUGAAUUAUUUAUAAAGCACUAUUUGUGUAUAUGAUAGGAUAACAGGAAGUCAUAAAGAAUAUAAGAAGAAACUGAAAUGACAUCAGGUUAUACAGUGCCUUGAAAUGAACUGAUGUAUAAGCAGCCUGUACAGAUCCUGUCCUCUGAUACUCUGUAAAAAUCAUUUUCUUAAUCAGUAUUUUUACUUAAAACAAAAUAAUUUGCCAGAGGGGUAAGAAACAUAAACCUCUAAAAAGACAAAAUUUUGCUCAAUUAAAUUGAUCUUGUUUUAAGAAUGGCUAUUUUUACUAGAAAACAACAGCAAAGUACUGAUUAAGAGAAUAAUUUCGUAGCAGUAGCUGAUUUGUCACACUGUUCAUAGGCUUAGAUUAAAUAAUAAUAAUAAAAAAAAACACAAGAUAUAAUGUAAAUAAUAGUAAAAACAAUCUAUUGAUACAGAUGUUUAUCUAAAUAUAUUUAUUCUAUAUUUUAAAGAGGAAAAAAUGUAUUUGUCAAAUCUUUGUGAUAUAGUCCAGAAAGAAAAGUUAAAGUAUCACAAUAAAUCACAAAACAAAUUCAAGGCUGAAAGUGUAUGGACUAAUCUGUAAAAAAAAUAAAAAAUCAUAAAUCCUAAUAGUAUUGUGGGGGGACACUUUAAUAGUAAUUAAGCAUAUGUUUUUAUUUAUUGUCAUGUUUUUUUUCUAUUAUUUACACUCUAAAUAACCCAUGUUUCAUGUUUCAACCCAUGUUUGGGUCAAAUAUGGACAAACCCAACCCGAUUUUUAAAUAAAAUGUAUAAACCUAAUGUUUGGAUUUGUCCAAACAAGGGAUGAAACAACCCAGCAUUUUUAGAGUGAGAUAUUUCUUUAUUAAUUUGUUAUUUAUGUAUUUAUUUUCAUAUUUACUAAAUGUGAGCUGAGCUUCAUUUAAAUUUAAUGAUAGUCAAAAAGUAUUGGUUUGAUUCAUAAAAUCAGAAAACAGAUAAGAACAAAUGACACAAAUUAACCUCUUUGUCGAACAAAACCAAAACAAAUCACCCCGCCCCUUUUCAGCGUUGCGCUCGUUGUCUUUUGACUUCCGGUUUGUAUUUCCACAGCGAUAUUACAUUUAUGAAUGAACUGCUCGUUUA